CCGAGCAUUAUUAUUCUUGAAUCAGAGGCGGGGAAAAAAUUUAGGGAUUCGCCGGCUGUUCUUGGAGCUUUGGCAUCGGCCGAUGACUGGUAGAUAAAAUUUCAAGAUUUUUGACCUAGUAUCAGUUCCGAGGCUUUAGCUUUCGGGGUCUUGGGAAAGCAUGGGGAUUCUUCUGGACGACGUCGUUAUAAUCGAGCACGGGAAGAAUUCCGGCGACCCCACCGUCGUGACGGUGAACUGCCCCGACAAAGCUGGGCUCGGAUGCGACCUUUGCCGAAUCAUCCUAGAAUUCGGCCUCUAUGUUACCCGCGGAGAUAUCUCUACAGAUGGAAAGUGGUGUUAUAUUGUAUUGUGGGUUGUUCCACGCCCAAGCUCAUUGAAAAUCGACUGGGAAAGCUUGAAAAACCGGCUUGUAUCUGUCUGUCCCUCCUGUAUGAUUUACUUUUUCGUUGAACCACAAUCAAGUAGCCCUCCACAUCAUCCGUUGUACCUUCUAAAAGUAUUUUGCCUUGACAAGAAAGGCCUAUUACACGAUGUUACCAAAGUGCUGUGUGAGCUUGAGCUAUCUAUUCAAAGAUUAAAAGUUAUGACAACACCUGAUGGGAAAGUCUUGGAUCUUUUCUUCAUAACGGAUAUGCUGGAUUUAUUACAUACAAAGAUGAGACGGGAUGUCACAUGUGAAUACAUAAGCAAUAUUUUAGGAGAGUAUUGUAUAAGCUGUGAGCUUGAGUUGGCAGGACCAGAAUACGGAGGCCAGCAGGCAUUCACUUCACUUUCUCAAUCAGUUGCUGACAAAUUAUUUAGUUGUGAAUUGUCUGAGAAGGAACCUCCUGAAGCAAAGGUGAAGAAGGCCAUUGUUGCAGUGGAUAACCUUCUUAGCCCAGCUCAUACAUUACUUAAAAUACAGUGCAUUGACCAAAAGGCCCUCAUCUAUGACAUUUUGAGGACUUCAAAGGAUUGUGACAUUCGGGUUGCCUUUGGAAGAAUCUCAUCCACUGCCAAGGGAUAUCGAACUAUGGAACUAUUUGUACAAACAACUGAUGGGGAAAAAAUAAUAGAUACUGAGAAGCAGGAAGCUUUGUGUUCCCGGUUAAAGGAAGAGAUGCUACACCCAUUACGGGUCAUAAUUACCAGCCGUGGCCCUGAUACAGAAUUAUUGGUUGCAAAUCCUGUUGAAUUAUCUGGGAAGGGGAGACCUCGUGUCUUCCAUGAUGUCACCGUCGCUUUGAAAAAUCUUGAGAUUUGCGUGUUCUCGGCUGAGAUAGGAAGGCAUUCAACAUCAGACAGAGAGUGGGAAGUUUAUAGAUUCCUAUUGGAUGAUAGCCCUAAAUUCCCGUUUGAUAGCAAGCGAGCUCAAAGCGAAAUAGUAGAUGGUGUUAAAAGAACACUGAUGGGCUGGUGAGAAGCAAACUUGAAGCCCCGAUGUGACUCAUAAGGAUUUGGUUUGGUAACCAAACCAAACAAGAUGUAUGAUUUAGUUCACUAUGUUAUUUGUAGAAAUUGGUGUAUUAUAAUGAUGGAGAUGAGAUUAUGAAAGUGUGUACUGUCCAGAUAUUAUAUCUUCCUUGUGUGGUG